GCCUUACUUUUGUCGAAAUUCCAACUAUCGCACACUUUUGUUUUCUGGCUUAUUACGUCAUCAUUGCAAGGGCUGCGAAGUUGCUGUUCAGCCCAGCUUGUUCCUAAGGCAUGUAAGUCGGCUUGUGUCGGGUCAGAUUCUGCAUAACGCUGUUUGUUUUUGCUUACCGUGGUGCUAAAUCGUUCGAAAAUACGUGUCGUGCGAAGUUCCAUUGUUUACUCUAGCCAUAGAUACUGUACACUCCGUGGAUGUGAAACGUAGGUAGUAUACGGGUAGAUUACGGAGUAUUCGUGUUCACUCACUGCAACGGCAACCAGCUGCAGAAAUGGACACUUUUAGGGUUGUUUUCUUGCACAGCUGCACAUUUGAGGCUUCUGUUGAGGGGAGGGUCUGCUCUGUCUCGUAGGUGGGAGGUAUGCCAUAUCACAAGAGGAAGCGAAAGGGAGCUCGUACCCAUUUUUAUAGACCCAAGAAAAACACACAAGCACCGGUACAAGUAGAAGAAGAAUCCUCCUUCAACUUUGAAACCGUAUUGUCGUUGCCUAUUUCUACCUUUUGGAAGUGUAUCUCCAAUAGCUCUAGUGUUCAGCUAUACGAGUUUCAAGUUGGCACGGAAAAUGCGCUUCGAUUGGGAAAAGCAAUCACUGUGAAGUCUGAUCUAUCAUGGCAAGUAUUUAUCAACAUGAAGCAACUCCCAACUACAUGUAGGCUGUUGAGAGAUAUCCCAUCAACUGUUGAGUCCCCAUCAGCUGUAAUGAAUGUAGUUGAAACUGCUAUUCCUUGUCCUGGAAACCCAGAGAACCACUUCAUCUCCCUUGUUGAGAAAAGGGGUGGUAGCAUUCAGAGUGAGCGAGGAUCUGGAAUUGCUGUUGCUUACAUUGAUACGAGUGGACAACACCCCUCAACUGUGAGAAAAGUAGGCUGUGACUUGCUCUGUGAAAGAGUUAGCAGUGAACCUAGUCGAUGCAAAGUCUGUCAAGAUGUCCGUACCACACUUAGAUGUGCGAAUAGCCGUCAGAAAAAUGCUGAAGAAUCAAAUCGUACCCAAGCUACCAGCCAUACCAAGUACUCUGCUCUUGACCCAAGUGAGAAAAAUGCUCGUAUGAAGAGCAUGCACAAGUCGCUUGUACAAGUCAAGCAGCGAAACAAACGUUUGGAAGACAAGAUCAAAGAGCUUAUUGAGAAGAGUGGUGUUUUGCUCCAGCCAGAUGAUUCCUCUGACCUGUCAAGCAUCAUGAAUGAAGCAACUCCUCGCAUAGAGAAAGAAUUCCCCGUUGAUAGCCCACAGAGAAUAUUUUGGGAGCAGCAGCUUCAAUACAAUUCUCUAGCGAACAAAAGAGCAAUAAAGUGGCACCUGGUAAUUUGGUUUGCAUUAAAUCUUAAAUACCUCUCUUCAACAGCUUAUCGAGCUGUUCGUGAAUCCGGUAUAAUCAAAUUGCCUUCGGAGCGCACUCUUACAGAUUACACCCACUGGACCACCCCACACUCUGGAGUGCAAUAUGAGUUCGUUGAGCAGUUGAAAGAGAUUCUGGAGGGUGAGCUGCUCUCUAAACCACACAAUGUUUCCCUGUCCAUGGACGAGAUGAAGAUCAAGAACGGCCUAGUGUUCAACAAACACAGUGGCCAGCUAACCGGCUUUGUGGACCUUGGUAGUGUCAAUGCUGAUAUCGAGAAGGUGCUAAGUGAUGGUAUUGCCAAGACUGACAAGACCCUAGCUGACCACGCCUUUGUAUUCCUAGCAAGAGCUGUUUUCAAGCCAACCAUCGCGAUUCCUGUGGCUCACUACUUCAGUACAUCCCUUUCUGGCGAGAAAAUCUUUCCCAUAGUUUGGGAAGUGGUCAAGAGUCUAGAGCUUUAUGGCAUACCAGUGACCUCUCUAACCAGUGAUGGUGCUAAACCGAACAGGCGGUUUUACCGCCUGUGUCAGCCACAAGGAAGUAGAAACCUGCCCUACAAAUGUGUCAAUCCAUACAGAGAGGAUAAGGAUCUAUACUUCUUCUCUGAUGCCCCUCACUUGCUCAAAACAACCAGGAACUGUUUCAGCAACUCUUUCUCACAUUCAAGAAGUCGGAAGAUGCAGAAAAAGGGACAAGUGAUUAGUUGGAAGUCAAUUGAGAGUCUCUACCUGACAGAAACAUCCACAAGUACAAUGGGAGUCAGGCUUUGUCACAAGUUGACUAGAGAUCAUAUAUGGCUCACGUCAUACAGCCGCAUGAGAGUCUAUUUGGCUGCCCAGAUAAUGAGUGAGAGUGUUGCAACUUGUCUGGAAUACUUUGACAACGAGGGGACCCAACAGACCCAUCUCUUUAUUAGGAUGAUUGAUCGUUUUUUCAACUAUCUUAAUGUGAAGAGCCCACUAAUGUCUCAAUGGAAGAGGAAGGAAAGCAGGGCACCGUACAGGAGUCCAAGAGAUGAGCGGUUCAAGUGGCUAACUGAUGUAUUCCUCCAAUAUUUGGACGAGUGGGAGCAGGAGAUAGCAAGUACUCCUGGAGUCAGUAAGAAGGAGCAACGGAAAAUGGGGUUGAGUGCUGAAACCAUUGAAGGAUUCAGAAUCACAGUGACAUCAUUCACUGAACUUGCUCCAAAGCUGCUUGCUCUGCCAGGAGUAGAGUAUCUGUUAAGUGAGGUUUUCUCGCAAGACCCUCUCGAGCGCUAUUUCUCAAAGCAGAGGCACCGUGGAGGCAGCAAUGAAAACCCCACAGCAGCUCAAGUCCCUUACAAUGCAUCCACACUCAUUCAACAGAGAGCCGUUUACAAAGAUAUAAAAACAAUGAACAUUGAAAGCGAGAACUCCUCCCUUGGCAAGUUGUCAGAGCCACUUCAAAAACGACCUCGUAACACCUUUAUGUCCGAUUAAUAUUUAACAUUUCUUAUAAUUGCCAUUAACAAAUGGAUCACAUAAUAUAAUUAUUGAAGUGUGCUGUAAUACAAAUUAAUUGUACAUGAUUUGAUAUGCAUCGUUAGCAUAAAAUUA